UCACCGCCAGGGGGCGGCAAGCGAGCGAGCUAACACGUGGUUGUUGUAGUUGCAAGUAAAAUGUCAAUCCUUAAAUUAUUCAAAACAAAAGUUUUAUUUAACCGAAUCGGAGUUUAAAAUAUGAAUAUUUUAUGAUUAUUUUGGCUUUGGAUGAAAAUAAUGUCUGUAAAACUGGAAGUUUGUGUAGAUUCGCUUGCUUCUGCAAUUAAUGCAUAUAAAGGUGGUGCUUCUCGAUUAGAAUUAUGUUCCUGCCUUUCAGAAGGAGGUUUGACACCAAGUUUGGGUUUUUUAAAAAUUGUAAGAUUACAAGUAAAGAUCCCAAUUUUUGUACUGAUUCGACCACGUGGUGGUGAUUUUACUUAUUCUAAUGAAGAAUUUCAGAUAAUGAAAGAAGAUAUUAAAAUUGCUAAAGAAAAUGGUGCAGAUGGUUUUGUUUUAGGUGCCUUAACUAGUUCAGGUAAAGUUGAUGAAGUGAAUUGCAAACUUUUAAUUGAUGAAGCUUCCCCUUUGCCAGUUACAUUUCACAGAGGUGAAGUAUAUAAUUUUUAUCAAAUUAAAAAAAUAAUAAUAAUGCCAGCUUUUAUAAUAAUAAUUUCAGGCGGAGGUGUCAAUGAAGGCAAUAUUAAACAGUUAUUAAAGAUAAAUGGAAUUCAAGAAAUCCAUUCUUCAGCCAGCUCUUAUGUUGAAAAUUUAACAUCCUACAUGACUGAUGAUACAACAGAUAAUUUUGGAAUUAAACAGAAACAAUGUGAUGUGUUGAAGUUGAAAAAUCUUAUCGCCAUUAUAAAGCAGUUUUCUUAUUGAAUAUCAUUAAAAAUCUUAUUACAAUAAUUCUAUUUUUACAUAUUAUUAAACAUUUACUAUAUUCAAAAAUAAAGAA